CCGAGCUGCCGCGGAGCGCGGCGGAGGCAGCGGCGGGCGGGAGCGGCCCGAGCCCCGCAUCCCGCCCCGAGCCCCACGUCGCGCCCCGCCGGGCGGAUGAAGGCGCAGGGGGCCGCGGGUCAGCGCCCGGGGGGAACCGGCAGCGCCAUGCUCCGCCUGGGCAGGAUGCUGCGGCUCCUGACUCUGGUGAAGUUGCCCUGCUGCCUGCUGGAGUUCCUGCUCUCCGAGGCGGCCCUGGGGCAGGAGAUGUACGCGCCGCACUCCAUCCGGCUGGAAGGGGACAUCACGCUGGGGGGGCUCUUCCCCGUCCACGCCAAAGGUCCCCCGGGCGUGCCCUGCGGGGACAUUAAGAAAGAGAACGGCAUCCACAGGCUGGAAGCGAUGCUUUACGCCCUGGACCAGAUCAACAGCGACCCGGAGCUGCUGCCCAAUGUCACUCUGGGCGCUCGCAUCCUGGACACCUGCUCCCGAGAUACCUACGCGCUGGAGCAGUCGCUCACUUUCGUGCAGGCGCUCAUCCAGAAGGACACAUCCGACGUGAGGUGCACCAACGGGGAGCCGCCCGUCUUCGUCAAGCCGGAGAAAGUAGUUGGAGUGAUCGGGGCGUCGGGAAGUUCCGUGUCUAUUAUGGUGGCCAACAUCCUCCGGCUCUUCCAGAUCCCACAAAUCAGUUAUGCCUCAACUGCACCAGAGUUGAGCGAUGACAGGCGCUAUGAUUUCUUCUCACGUGUGGUUCCUCCAGAUUCCUUCCAAGCGCAAGCAAUGGUGGACAUUGUGAAAGCUUUGGGAUGGAAUUAUGUGUCUACUUUGGCAUCUGAAGGGAAUUAUGGAGAAAAAGGAGUCGAGUCCUUCAUGCAAAUUUCCAGAGAGGCAGGUGGGCUCUGCAUUGCUCAGUCCCUGAAAAUCCCACAGGAUCGCAAAGACAAGACCAUCGACUUCGAUAAAAUCAUCAAGCAGCUCUUAGAAACUCCCAAUGCCAGAGCCAUUGUUAUUUUUGCCAACGAUGAGGACAUAAAGCAAAUCCUGGCAGCUGCCAAGAGGGCCGACCAAGUGGGGCACUUCCUAUGGGUGGGCUCGGACACGUGGGGCUCCAAGGUGAGCCCACUGCUGCAGCAGGAGGAUGUGGCUGAGGGCUCCAUCACCAUCCUGCCCAAGCGAGCGACCAUCGAGGGGUUCGAUGCCUACUUCACCUCCCGCACCUUGGAGAACAACAGGAGGAACGUGUGGUUUGCUGAGUACUGGGAGGAGAACUUCAACUGCAAGCUAACCAUCAGUGGGUCAAAGAAGGAGGAUACAGACCGCAAAUGCACAGGGCAGGAGCGCAUCGGCAAGGACUCCCACUACGAGCAGGAGGGGAAGGUGCAGUUUGUGAUCGAUGCUGUGUACGCCAUGGCACACGCGCUCCACCACAUGAGCAAGGAUCUGUGUGCCGACUACGCUGGGGUCUGCCCUGAGAUGGAGCACGCGGGUGGCAAGAAGCUGCUCAAGUACAUCCGCAGCGUUAACUUCAACGGCAGUGCUGGCACUCCAGUGAUGUUUAACAAAAAUGGUGAUGCACCGGGGCGCUACGACAUCUUCCAGUACCACACCACCAACACCAGCACCCCGGGAUACCGCCUGGUCGGACAGUGGACGGAUGACCUCCAGCUCAACAUCGACGACAUGCAGUGGGGUAAAGGAGUGCGAGAAGUCCCGUCCUCAGUCUGCAGCCUGCCUUGCAAGCCCGGGGAGAGAAAGAAGAUGGUGAAGGGGAUCCCCUGCUGCUGGCACUGCGAGCUGUGCGAUGGAUACCAGUACCAGGCUGAUGAGGUCACCUGCCUGCUGUGCUCCUACAACGAGCGGCCCAACGAGAACCGCACCGGCUGCCGCUCCAUCCCCAUCGUUAAGCUGGAGUGGCACUCGCCCUGGGCUGUGAUCCCCGUCUUCUUGGCCAUGCUCGGGAUUAUCGCCACCAUUUUUGUCAUGGCGACCUUCGUGCGCUACAACGAUACGCCCAUCGUCAAGGCCUCGGGGAGGGAGCUCAGCUAUGUCCUGCUGACGGGCAUCUUCCUCUGCUACAUCAUCACCUUCCUGAUGAUCGCCAAGCCAAACGUUGCCGUGUGCUCUUUCCGGCGCAUCUUCCUGGGGCUGGGGAUGAGCAUCAGCUAUGCAGCCCUGCUGACCAAAACCAACCGCAUCUACCGCAUAUUCGAGCAGGGUAAAAAGUCAGUGACAGCACCCAGGCUUAUCAGCCCCACAUCUCAGCUGGCGAUCACAUCGAGUUUGAUAUCUGUGCAGCUUCUAGGUGUCUUUAUUUGGUUCGCAGUUGACCCGCCCAACAUCAUCAUAGAUUAUGAUGAGCAGAAAACUAUGAACCCUGAUCAAGCCAGAGGAGUUCUCAAAUGUGACAUAACGGAUCUACAAAUCAUUUGUUCCUUGGGUUAUAGCAUUCUUCUAAUGGUUACGUGUACUGUGUAUGCCAUCAAGACUCGGGGUGUCCCAGAGAAUUUUAAUGAAGCUAAACCCAUUGGAUUCACUAUGUACACUACCUGUAUAGUAUGGCUUGCCUUCAUUCCAAUAUUUUUUGGCACUGCCCAGUCAGCUGAAAAGCUCUACAUACAAACUACCACACUUACAAUAUCCAUGAACCUAAGUGCUUCAGUGGCCCUGGGGAUGCUUUACAUGCCGAAAGUGUACAUCAUCAUCUUCCACCCCGAGCUCAACGUGCAGAAGAGGAAGCGCAGCUUCAAGGCCGUGGUGACGGCCGCCACCAUGUCGUCCCGGCUCUCACACAAGCCCAGCGACAGGCCCAACGGCGAGGCCAAGACAGAGCUCUGUGAGAACGUGGACCCCAACAACUGCAUACCACCAGUAAGAAAGAGUGUUCAAAAGUCUGUUACUUGGUACACUCUUCCACCUACUGUAUAGCUUUUGCCUGCUUUCCAAAAAGGCCCUGCUGCAAAAAAGAAGUACGUCAGUUAUAACAACCUGGUUAUCUAGCCCGCUCCGCCACGGCGUGAGGACGGAGAGGACUUCCACCCGCUGCGGGCACAGGCCUCCAGCCGGCCCCGCCGUCAGCAGAGGCCGGACCACGCCGGGAGCUGCUGCCCCGGCUGCUCCGUGUGCCCGGCGUGGUCUGUGCGGUGAGGUGCGGGCAUGGGGCCGCAGCCUGGCCCUGUUCCGCCAUGGAGCUGCCGAGCCCACGGCACGGAGGAGCGCUCCCUGGCACUGCGAGGACUCAAAGGGGCUGUUCUGUCUUUCUAUGUACUUCCAGACUGCAAGUUUUUGAACUUUCUGUACAGUUUGUGAGGAUUUUUUGCAUAUUGCCAUCCAUGUUGUUUCCAGAUCACUGUUGGCUGGUUGGUUGUUCUUUUCUUUUGAAUGCACAGUUUUCAUUCAGGCCCUAUUCUCUGAGACUUAGCACAUGAAAACAAAACAGUCAAAGGAUCUAAGAGACCUGAUGCACAUGACCUGUAUGAUUGCUAUUGUAUCACCGCAAUCCAUAUAUUUUUUUUAAUGAAAAACAAAAAAACAAACAAAAAAAGAAUUUAAAGACCAAAAACUGUGCUGGCAAGGUGAGCCCCCCCCCCCACAUCGAUGGCUGCGGAGGACGCAGAUGGGAUUUUUGCAGAGUUUUAGUACAGGUCUUGAUAUUUGGAAUGCAUGCCAGUAAUGUAUUUUAUGGUACAUGUUAAUAAUUUAUGUUUGAUAUUUGUAUUUGUGUUCUAUUUUGUUAUUUUAUUUAAGGUAUCUGACUAUUUUGCAAUAAUUUCAAUAAUUCUUAUGAUAUUUGGAAGGAAGAAUAUGGAUUUUACAUGUCUUGAGGUUUUUCUUUGUUGAUGCCCCACCAUGACUGACCAGUGUGGUAAGGACUUACAAAGCAUGUAUGUUUUAUACUGUUUGUAAUAAGUAAUUUCGUUAAUCUUGCUGCUUAUGUGCCAACUUAGUGAAACCAAUCUUUGCCGCGACCUCCCUUCCUUUCCAUUCUCUCGAUCUUGUGAUAUUAUCCAAGAAUGUAUCAAUAAAGGGUUUUGGUUAACUUUUUUUUAUUUACUCCAAUAAAUAUAUUUUUUUCAGUUGUUCCCUCCCCCUC